CAGCAUCCACGCAGCAUCAGCAGCAGUAGACGCCCCGCCGCCCUCCUCAAGGUCGCGCUUCCAAAGCAUCACGGGAAAAGUAUCGGAUUCUUCCAGCGUGUCAUUGGUGAACCGUCACGAGUUCCCGGAGCGAAGAUGCGGCGGCGCUACGAGUAGAUGCGGGAGCGGGAGAGAGGAAGAGGAGGGAAGGUCACUCGGCUUGUCGCUGUUAUUGGCGGAGCGCGGCGCUCGCGGGGACAUUGCUUUACGUCACGGGACAAACGUGAGACUCGCCACGUAUUCCCGGUGUGACAGAAACGCAGGGAAAUACGCGACGCCGGAUCAGACAGGGGCGCGCGCAGCACAGGAGCGGUUACGACGUCCGGGAAAGCCUAAGUGCAUCGUGCAUCGGAACCUGCGUGCAAAACUGCGCGUUCACCACUUGUGACUUGUGAACCACUCCCAUUUCUCUGGAAGAUGGAGGGGGAGAAGAAGGAGGUGACAUGCUAUCUUCUGUUCUCUCUGGCCACGGCGGUUAUUGGCUCCCUGCAGUUCGGCUACAACACAGGGGUCAUUAACGCACCUGAGCAGAAACUGCGAGCGUUCUUCAACAACACAUGGAUGGAACGUUACGGCAAGCCCAUCCCGUCUGGAACGUCCACCAUCGUGUGGAGUUUAGCAGUAGCCAUCUUCAGCGUGGGUGGAAUGGUGGGCUCCUUCAGUGUCGGUGUCCUCGCCAACAAGUUUGGACGACGCAAUUCUAUGUUUCUGGUGAAUAUCCUGGCUUUGAUCGGUGGAGGACUCAUGGGGCUUUGCACUAUUUUCUCUUCUUUUGAGAUGGUCAUUGCCGGCCGGCUGGUUAUUGGUCUUUUCUGUGGUCUUUUCACUGGUCUCACCCCCAUGUAUGUGGGCGAAGUUUCACCCACUCCACUCCGGGGAGCUUUCGGGACUCUGCACCAGCUCGGUGUGGUAAUAGGCAUCUUAAUUGCACAGAUCUUUGGCCUGGAGUUUCUACUGGGCUCCGAUAAAUUGUGGCCUGUUCUGCUGGCUUUAACUGUGAUCCCCGCUGUAAUACAAUGUGUGCUGCUACCCUUCUGCCCUGAGAGUCCGCGCUAUCUUCUCAUCAACCUCAAUAAAGAAGAACAGGCUCGCAAAGCACUGGUGCGUCUCCGCGGCUUUGAGGACGUGUCGAAGGACAUGCAGGAAAUGAAGGAGGAAAGUGCAAAGAUGAACAUGGAAAAGAAGGUGACCAUCCCUGAGCUCUUCCGCACCGCCACAUACCGUCAGCCGCUUCUUAUCGCUAUCAUGCUCCAGCUCUCCCAGCAGCUGUCAGGGAUCAAUGCUGUGUUCUACUACUCAACAGGUAUUUUUGAGUCUGCUGGUGUGACCCAGCCAAUAUAUGCUACCAUCGGAGCUGGAGUUGUGAACACAGUUUUCACCGUGGUAUCUCUCUUCCUUGUUGAAAGAGCAGGACGAAGGACUUUACACCUUAUUGGCUUAGGUGGCAUGGCAAUCAGCGCCCUUCUAAUGACCAUCACCCUUGUACUGGACUACAUCCAGUCUAUGAACUACGUGAGCAUUGUAGCAGUGUUUGCCUUCGUGGCUAUGUUUGAGAUAGGUCCAGGACCCAUUCCAUGGUUCAUUGUUGCUGAGCUCUUCUCCCAAGGACCACGGCCUGCCGCCAUGGCUGUUGCAGGAUGUUCCAACUGGACAGCCAACUUCCUUGUGGGCAUCAGCUUCCCAAAACUAAGUGAACUAUGUGGACCAUAUGUUUUCAUCAUCUUUACCAUCUUCCUGAUCAUCUUCUUGAUCUUCACAUACUUCCGUGUUCCUGAGACCAAGGGGCGGACCUUUGAAGAGAUCGCUCAAGCCUUCAGCGGCGCUGCGCCUCCUCCAAUCACCGCUGAACAGGUCGAGGUCGAUGUAGUCACAGUGCCCAGCGCCGGAGUAAAAGAGAAAGUCCCAUUGAUGGCGACGAAUUCUGAAGACACAGAGAAGCCAAGUUCCUCCGGGAGCCUGGCUUCAGAAGCUGUGACUGGCGAGGAGAAACCUGAAGCUUCUACACAACCACUGGUUACGUCUUCUACAGAGGAGAAAUCCAGUACUAAUGCCCUGGAAAGUGUUUAGUGAACAUUGUAGGUUUUUUUUUUUU